AUGGGCUCACCACUUUUCCCACCACUGACUCCUUAUCUACCCACAGGCCUGCAAGACAACCUCAUCUCCUCGCUCUUCGGCUACCCCCGCUCCUGCACCAUCGGGGGCGCCACUCUACCCUGCACGCUCAGCAUCAGCUGCUGGCUGCGGGGCGGGGCACGGGGGCGGGGGUGCGGGGACGGGUGGCUGUUCUCGUGCUGUCUGCCGCGAGAGCGGUAUGAUGCGGUGUAUGAUGAGGUGGAUAACAGCCUGUCGCCCCCCGCCUGGCAGUCGUCGCCGCCGCUGCGCGCGCGCACCCCCCCGCGAGACCCCCCGCACGCCCCCCCGCGCGGGCUGCCCAGCAACGUGCUGCGACGACGUGUCGACGACGAUGAUACACAGGCUGACUGCGGCAUCCCAUCAUCACGUCUACUUCAGAAGCGCAUCAUCGGCGGCCGUGCGGCGCGGUUUGCGGAGUUCCCGUGGCAGGCGCAUGUGAGGAUCUCGGAGUUCCAGUGCGGGGGGGUGCUGGUAUCCCGAUGGUUUGUCGCGACGGCAGCGCACUGCGUGUCGCGCGCGCGGCCCCGCGACGUCGCCGUGUGGCUCGGCGCGCUCGACCCCGCCGCCGGCGAGCGCGGCGCUAGGAGAGUAGGGGUAACCCAGAAGAUCCUGCACCCGUACUUCCAGUUUCGUCUCACUCAACCAGACCGCUACGACAUAGCCCUCCUCAAACUCUCCCGUCCAGUCACCUACAUGAGUCACAUCCUACCAAUAUGUCUGCCGGAAUAUGACCUGGAGUUGAGAGGAAAGACCGGGGUGAUAGCUGGGUGGGGCAAGACGGAUGCUAGCAGUGGGCAUACGGGGACUAAUAUGCUGAGGUCGGCUAGCGUGCCGAUUUUGAGCACAGAGCAGUGUAUCACGUGGCACCAGAGCAAGCAGAUAUCUGUGGAGAUCCACGCAGAGAUGAUCUGUGCUGGACAUUCCGACGGACACCAAGACGCUUGCCUGGGUGACUCAGGCGGCCCCCUCAUAGUCUUGGACAGCGGCCGCUACUACCUGGCGGGGAUCACCUCGGCCGGCUUCGGCUGCGGCGUGGACCACCAGCCGGGCAUCUAUCACAACGUCAAGACCACCGCGCGCUGGAUCCGGACCGUCAUAGGGGGGGACCAUUUGUCAACUGCAUUGUAG